AUGGAUGCGCAUGCUAGACUCCUAUUGACUUCACUUGUUCUCACAGGCCUUCUGUCUCACACCACUUCGACCAUAACCCAUGGAAACUGUGAAAAAUCUGGCCAAUGCACAUAUAUUGUACGUGUGCGCCCUCCUCCGAACUUUUCCGCUGAAAAGAGCCCCACGAGCCUUGAGAACUGGUAUAGAUCAUUCCUCCCACCAGGAAUGGCUACAUCCGAGCUUAGAUCUCCAUUCAUCCACACAUAUACAGAAGCCAUUAUCGGGUUCGCUGUGAGACUCACAAAAGAUGAGGUAGAGUAUGUCAAGAAGAAAGAUGGGGUCCUUAAAGUAUACCAAGACGAUAUUCUUCCACUCUUGACAACCCACACACCAGAUUUCUUGGGCCUACGUCCAAACGGAGGGGCUUGGAAUAGCUUUGGCAUGGGUGAGGGAAGUAUCAUAGGGCUCUUAGACACAGGGAUAGACUUUGCACACACCUCUUUCAAUGAUGAUGGCAUGGCCACACCACCUGCUAAAUGGCGUGGGUCCUGCAAAUUUGAAGGUGUUAAAUGCAACAAGAAACUCAUCGGUGCAAGGUCAUUGAUUGGAGGCCAGAAUUCAGAGCCUCCAAUGGAUGAUGUUGGCCAUGGAACACACACUGCAAGCACAGCCGCUGGAAGGUUUGUGGAAGGUGCAAGUGUGCUUGGCAAUGGCAAUGGUACUGCGGCUGGCAUGGCUCCACGUGCACACAUAGCCAUGUACCAGGUGUGCGACGAGUUGGGCUGCUAUAACUCAGACGUACUUGCCGGAAUGGAAGCCGCGAUUGCUGAUGGUGUUGACAUAUUGUCGAUAUCACUCGGUGGUCCUACACAACCAUUCCAUGAAGAUAUUCUUGCCAUUGGAGCCUUUUCUGCCAUGCAGAAGGGGAUAUUUGUGAGUUGUUCGGCAGGAAAUUCAGGUCCAUUUUCCAGCUCAGUAAGCAAUGAGGCACCAUGGAUCUUGACAGUUGGUGCAAGCACAAUGGACCGGCAAAUGAAAGCCAUUGUGAAGCUUGGUGAUGGCCGCUUAUUUGUUGGUGAGUCAGCCUACCAACCAUCUAACCUUGCUUCUUUACCGCUGGUGUUUAAACUAGAUGGUUCUGGAAAUAUCACCGGAAAGGUAGUUGCUUGCGAGAUUGAAGGUCCCCUGGUUGAAAAUGGACAAACUAUCAAGGAUGGUGGUGGUGCUGGGAUGAUAAUACUGGGAACUGAAGAUAGCGGCAACACAACUUUUGCCGCAGCACAUGUUUUACCAGCAUCAUAUGUGAACUCCCCAGAUGGUGCUGUAAUCAGGAAAUACAUUGAGAGCUCCAAGAAGCCGACAGCCUCGAUCAUCUUCAAUGGCACGUCACUGGGAACCAUUCCUGCUCCUGUAGUUGCAUACUUCUCAUCUCGAGGGCCAAGCACAGCAAGUCCUGGUAUUCUGAAGCCUGACAUCAUCGGACCCGGAGUAAACGUCAUUGCAGCAUGGCCAUUCCAAGUUGGACCAAAAACAGUUGAUAAACAUGAUAAGGUGUUCAAUUCCAUGUCUGGAACAUCAAUGUCUACUCCUCACCUUAGUGGUAUUGCGGCUAUUAUCAAGAGUGCACAUUCAGAUUGGUCACCUGCGGCGAUCAAGUCGGCAAUUAUGACAACAGCCUAUGUCAUAUAUGAUAACAAGAAGCCAAUCCUAGACGAGAAACUCAAUCCGGCUGGGCAUUUCACUAUCGGUGCCGGACAUGUGAACCCUUACAAAGUUACCAAUCCAGGUCUAAUCUAUGAUAUUGAUGAGCAGCAAUACAUUUCUUAUCUCUGCGGCCUAGAUUAUACAGAUUCUGAAGUUGAGAUAAUCACGCAUCAGAAGGGUGCCUGCAACAAAGGAAAGAAAAUCGCUGAAGCUGAGCUGAACUACCCUUCAAUUGCAGUAUGGGCGAGUACCGGCAAGCUUUUGGUGAAUAGGACUGUCACCAAUGUUGGAGAUGCAAGGUCAUCCUACACUGUAGAUAUUGACAUGCCCAACGAAAUUAAGGCUACUGUGUCACCAACAAGGCUAGAAUUUACCAAGGCGAAGGAGAUGAAAACAUUUGUUGUGAGCUUAAGUUGGGAUUCCAGCAAAACCAAGCAUGCUGAGGGAAGCUUCAAGUGGGUCUCUGGCCAGCAUGUUGUUAGGAGCCCCAUUGUAAUAUUCUAA